GCCCGGCCCAGCCAGCCUGUAUCACACGGUUGACAUUGAGCGCGGGCACGGCCACGCGCCACGCGGCCCUGCAUAUAAAAGUGAAGCGUCCCCUCCAGACCCGCACCAGAUUGAAUCCCGCCGCCGAGCCGAGCCGAGCCGCGCCGCGCCGUCGAAACCGAAAGUGAUCGAGGAUUACUCCGCCAGUGCCCUCCGUGUUUAGUGCCCAGUAAGUGGAGGAGCAGGUCCACAGGGUAGCCCGCCCGCCUUCCAGUGUAGCCACCAUGUCUGCCGCCCAGCUGCUCGUCGGCGCCCUCCUGCUCGGAGUGGCGCACGCCCAGUUCCUGCAGGUGUCCUCCGACCCGUCCGUGGCCCUGCAGCCGCCGCCGCUGCACCAGGGAGGCUUUGCCAGCUUCUCGGCCCAGCCCGUCGCCCCCGCCUUCGUCCAGGCCUUGCCGCAGGCCCAGGCGCUGCAGCCGCUGCCCAUGCUCCGCCAGAUGCAGCAGCAGCAGCCGCUGGCCCACCACUCCGUGGUGAGGAACGCCGAGGAGGAGGCGCGCCUGCCCGACGAGCUGCGCAACAACUUCUACAAGAACCCGCGCAUCGCCGAGGGCCUGGCCAAGGAGUCCUGGUUCACGCCCGGCGAGGAGCAGGUCCUGGACCGCGAGGCCGAGAAGAUCCCCAGGGAGCAGGUCUUCAAGCUGCUCAAGAACGCCGGCCUGGUGCGCCGCAGGUAGACCACACCCCCCACUUGCCGACGUCCUAGCCGAACCGAGCGAAAUACUUCCUUAAAACAGUGCCCUGUUGACGUUGGGACGACCCCGUCAAGCUGGCAACGUUUUGAAAAAAUAUUUCGAAAGUCAUUUGCUGAGAUGAAUACCUUUCAGUAGUGUUGAUGGGAGGAGGAACUCCGCUUUUCGAUGUGAACACGCCCCAUUAUGCUGACUGAAAAAAUGCGGAGUGUGUGUGUCAAAAUCUCGAGGAAGGUUUACUGACUGUGAAAAUCGACUUUGCAUAGUUUUAACAUUUAAAAGUAUGCGAGUUCAAAUGCUUCUUUUAGCGUUAUUUCGUAAAUAAUCAAAAUUUAGGGCAAUUCGUCUUCUUCAGUACAAAGUUUGAUUUGUUUUUUAAAAAAAUCUGCACUAAUUAUUUGCCAUGUUGGCGUUUAUCGAUUUUGCUGUUAGUUUCUAGUGUAGAAAUCAGAUGAAGCCACGCGUUUGAAUAGCGCUUGUUUAUGAAACACGCUAGAACGACGCGAGGCUUCCCGUCUUUCAUAAAGUGCCAAUACCAAGUCACGUCGUUAAAGAGCACACCGCUGCUCUUUGGCUGGCCCAAUAUACCGUUCAUGAAAGAGAUUUCUAGGUCCAAAACUGCCACCCCCGCCGUGGCCUUGGUUCUCGCAAGUUUCGAGAUCUGUCCUGUUUGUGAAAAUUUAAUGUCUUUUUGUAUGUAUGUUUUAUAAACGUUCGUAGUCCUAAGAGAACGUAAAUUUAGUUUGUAUUUUUAUUGUAAUUUUAUAAAUAGGCAUGUACAUAUAAUUUUGCUCAUAAAUACUGUAAUUGUGUACGUGUGUCUGGAUGUGUCUGUGUGUGAUAGGCCUGUGUGCAUGUGUGUGUGCGCGCGCUUUUCGCGAAUAUUGUAUGCCUGAUUCUGAAAAAUUGUUGAGUAGUGUAAGUGUGACUGAUAAAGCGUGUACGUAAGUAAUUGUACUUGCAGAAUCCCAUUGACUCUUGACUCUUUGAUUACCAUGUUCAUACCUCGUUCGCAUCAGCGCUCAUUGUAAAUUAACCAACACAAUUCUUCACCCUGUGCCGCAACAUUCGAAAAGAAAGGAGAAAGAUGAAAUUAAAGACUAUGAAUUUAUGGUGUCACUGAA